UGAUUUUCAAGUAGACUCAUAUCACAUUUCCCCAUAAUAUUGGUCAUGUCUCCUUUGUUUGUGGUUUUUUAUUUGGGAUGAUACUUAUGUUGAGUCACGUGAGAACGAGGAUUUUGUCCCAAAACAGAAUCUGACGACCAUCACGUGCCACCACCCACCAUCCAUUUUAUCUUCAUUUCCACCAGCAUCAUCAACAUAAAAUAAUAGAAAAAUGGGCUCAAAAGAGCAAGGCCAGUUAAAAGAGCUCCCCAUCGAGCCCAAAGGACUCCUCUGGCAAGACGACUUCGUCACGCCCGAACACGAGCAACGCCUCAUCUCCAUCUUCCGCGAUGAAUUAACAUGGCCCGAUCGCCCCGGCCGCAUAUCACUACAUUACGGCUACACAUUCGACUACAAAACAUUCGGCCUCGACCCCGACAUUCCCUACAAGGAGUUCCCGGAAUGGCUGCAACCACUCAUCCCCACCACCGAGUCUCGGCCGCCCGAGCAGGUGUGUUUGCAGUAUUAUCCGCCGGGGAGCGGGAUUCCGCCGCAUGUAGAUACACACCGGGCGUAUGACCAGCUGUACGCGGUGUCGUUUGGGGCGCCGGUGAUGAUGCAGUUCCGGCGGGGGGAGGAGCGGGUGGAGGUGGAUUUGGCGCCGCGGGCGAUGAUGCAGAUGACGGGGGAUUCGAGGCUGCAUUGGACGCAUGGGAUUAAGAAGCGCAAGAAUGAUACGCUUCCGGAUGGGACGGUGAGGCCACGCGGGGAUCGGUGGAGUAUUACUUAUCGGUGGAUUCGAGAUGGGGAUUGCGAGUGUGGGAAUCUGGACCUGUGUGAUACGGCUCAGCAGAGGAAUGGGACGGAGAAGGAGAAGAGGUCGGUGAUCGAGUUGGCGAAGGCUAAAGAGCAAGCUGCAUAGUGAUGAUUGUCCAUUGUAUAUAGACUUAGAAUGCCCAAGACAAAAAUUAAAGAUCUAUGCACUUGUCGCAUCGAUCACUAUAGAUGGAAAAAAAACAAAAAGAAUGACCAGACUGGGGU